AUGCAAUACAGAACAGUUGCUAACAUUCCUGAUUCUGUGCAUACACAGGGGUUUCCUGACAUAGCCAGCUACAAGAUCCAUAGCUCAGGGGUAAACUUGGGAGAAACAACUAAGGUUACAGCAUUCAGGCAGGAGACGGAGUCCAAAGGGAGAAGAAACAAAAGCUACGCCAAGAAGGGCCAUGGGGGCAUCCAGCACGAAUGCACUAGCUGUGCUUGCUGCUUCCCCAAAGAGAAGAUGACAGCAAAGUUUGUCAUCUAUAGUGUUGCUGAGGCUGCAAUUCAGAUAUCUGAAGCCUCUGUCUAUGAUUGGUAUGUGCUAUCCAAGCUGUUCAUGCAGCUGCAUGGUGUCCUUAGCUGA